AUGGGUAUUGUUUCUAAGUUAUGGGUUACACAGAGGUCACAGGAAGUCAAGUGGCCUAGAGGGACAUAUACAUUAAUCAAACCCAAAUCUGGUUGUCCAUUAAACUGGUUGGAAGGCUGGCGCGACCAGGACGACGAGGACGAUGAUAACGAAAAUUCGAUGACAAUUGGACAUCACUUCUUUGGUUCCUUUGGCAGGAACAUGAAGUUCUACUACUGUACCAAUGAUCCCAAUGACAUAAAUGACGAAGGGUUCUGGCCUGCCGGGAAUUAUUGCAUUUUAAAGCAAGGACACUCAUGUCCUCCGAAAGGUUUUCUCAGUGGAAGCUUAUAUUGGGAUGACGAUGAUUCCAGAAAUAAAAACUCAUAUGGAGGUGUUCUACCCAGUGGAUAUUAUGACAGAAAUACAAGGAUUGAUUACUGCUGCAGAAAAGAUGGUUCAUAUACCAGAGAAAUAGAGCUGCCAACAACAAAACCAUUUUAUUUGAUGAGAUUUACUUCCCCUUGUCAGCUGGUCAAAGGAAUGUACGUCAGAGAAGAGCACGUGCAUUUUGAUGACGAGGAUCACAACAACAAAAACUCGGUAUCCGGAAGUCAUCCAUAUGGAGCUGGAGGAGGAAACCAUGAUCUGUAUUACUGUUAUUAUUCUCCUCUGUAAAGGAAAA